AUGGGGAAGCCUCAGUGGUCAGGCAUGGGGCUGCUACUUGGAGCCAGUGUCCUGUUGCUGGCUAUGCUCAGAAGUGCUAAGUCUCAAGGAGAGUUCUGUCACCGCUGGAUGGACAGCACAGGGCUAUUGCAUGGAGGCUUCCUAUGCCCGGAGGGAUAUGAUAAACCCACUGCUACCUUCUGCUGUGGAACCUGUUCUCUACGCUAUUGCUGUGCUACCCUUACGGCUCGACUGGAUCAGGGACAGUGUCCAGAGGACAUUACCUGGGACCCCAAAGAGGCUAUGCUCCCACCUCCAGAAGGAUCCAUCUACCUGCCCUUAGUCAUUGUGAGUGGCACCUUUGUCACUUUCAUCCUAUUGGGAAUCCUCGCUGGUGUUGCUUGCUUCCGUUGCCUUCGGUCUCAGAGAAGAGAUGAACUUUGCACUGCACCUCAAAACCCUGAAGUUACUGUGCUGAGCUCUACUCCCACUCAUAGGAGAAAUGUCUCAGGAAGCCCACUGCUCCGCCCCAAACCUGAUGCUGGUCCAGCCCUGCCUUUCACCACCCAGGAAUACCCAGAGAGUACCAUCCGUACCAUCCCCAAGGCAGUCACAAGGCCUUUUCACUGGCCCCUGCUUGAGUCUUCCCAGAUACCAUCUCUAACUACAAGUACAGCUAUUGUUCUACCACCUUCUCCCCUACUGAGUGGCACAAUUUCUUAUGGACCAGCCUCUGGUCCACAUCCCACAGGCACUACUUGA